GAAAACAUAAAGAAUUUUUAUCUUUUUUUAACCAUUCCAUCAAUUACUGGAUGAAUAUAAAGGUGAUAAGAGCAAAUUAGGAUCAUUUGCAACUUCUGCUAUUGUUUCCAUUGGAAAAAUACGCCGGGAAAGUGUAGGAAACUUGAAGAACCGCAUCCCGAAAGAUCCCCGAAAAGACCGGCCACAAACUACGGAAAAGGAUACUGCUUUUUGCUCUUCAUUUUUCCUAAAACGAUCCUUUUACAAGCUCCGGGAGGCAAUUAACCCAAAGGAGCACAGAGAGAUCUGCUGCAGAGAAGCGGGAAACCAUCGGAAACCGGCAAGCAUUAAGGUUCAUGAUUCUGUAAGGAUCUGUUGCACUAAUGAUCGAAUUCUCCUUCCAGCAAUCAUCACGGCAAGAUCUCCUGGGGUAAAGCCGGUUAAGAAUGUAAAAUGGAUAAUUUUACGCCGAAAAUCACCACAGAAACUUGCAGAUUCUGUUUGCUUGAUGAUAAAUCCGUUUUGCGGCUCUUCGAUUGUUUCGACGCGAACGAGAAUGCUGAACUUCUGCAGACCAUCGCCGGAUGUGAGAUCACUCCCGAGGAGACACAUCAGAAUAUCUGCCCCAAAUGUGUGCAACAGAUGAAACUGGUCAUGGACCUAAUUUCCGAGUUUCGCCGGGUGAACAAACUGUUUUGCAGUUUGAUAGAAAAGCAGGAUUGCAAUUUUCGGGACGCACUGGAAGGAACACCGAUGAUAACGUUGCUGCUGCAACCAGCUACGGAAGACACAGAAUUGAUCGCUGAACCGGCCUGUGCCGAAUCUGAGGAGGAAGAGUAUUUCCCAACAGAGGCAACCGACUGCGACGAUUUAGAUUACAAUAUACACUCAUCAGAGAAUGUGCCGCAGGUCGAGCAAGUAUCGGAAGUUCCUCCGGAUGCACCAAUUACCAAAGAAGAAGACCAAAUUUGUUAUGUUUGCCAUUCCUUCAGCGGCUCUCGAGCCGCAAUGAGUAAACAUCUGCAAAAUACUCAUGCCAGCGAUGGGCCCUAUCGAUGCAGCCAGUGCCUGUUCGUUUUAGCAGGUGUCCAGGAGUUGAACGAUCAUUUGCGCAACCACGCAACACCGUUCGGGUGUUUGUUCUGUACAGAAAUGUUCCAGCAGCCGGACGAGUACAACGAACACCAGCGAGUGUGCACCGGUUACAGCUGCUACGGUUGCCAGAAACGAUUUUCUAGCUUUACACACCUGAAGAAUCACAAUGGCUGCGGAUCGUCAAAACUGCAGCGAUUGCGGUCGGUCAACAGUAUGCUGAAGGCCAGAAUUGGUUCCACAUCGUUUCAGUGCGGAUUAUGCAGCGAUGCUUUCCAUCGCGGUUAUCUGCUUGCUCGGCAUCUAGAGAACGAUCAUCCUACCGUACCGGUGCCGUUAUUUCAAUGCAAUGUGUGUCGGCUAAAGUUCACAACGAUUGGCGACGCGCGGAAACAUCGGAUCUCACAUAAAACCCAUAGCAUUGGAAUGCAAACCAAAAAUGAGCUGGAGCAAGAAUCUCUUCGAGAAGUGGACCUAAAUGAUAAGAAUGAUUGUAUUAUCUGCUGGAAGAGCUUUAAAUUUAAUCGGGAACUGUUACAGCACCUCGAGACGGAACACAAAGACGUACGCGUGAGGCUGCACCGGUGCACCAAGUGUGAUCGCAAGUUUACGAGUGAGGCGAAGCUGCAGAAGCACGAUUACAACACCCACCAGGGCCGGCAGCCAAAGUUUGUGUGCACAUUCUGUGGCCGUGUAUUUAACAAGCGAAUUGGACUGCGUGAUCACGAAAGCACACACUGUGGCCAGAAGCGAUACAACUGUGAGAAAUGCAAGCGGGAGUUUAGCUACAAAAGUUCGUACGACCGCCAUAUGCAAGUGGUGCAUAGCGAUGCCAAAAAUUUCACCUGUGAGUACUGCCAGAAGAGCUUCAAGCGGAAACCGACGUUGAAGGUGCACCUUCGAUUGCACACCGGAGAGAAACCUUACCAGUGCGAAUUCUGCGUUCGGCAGUUUGUCGAUGCGUGCUCUUUCCACAAGCACAAGAAAAAGGAGCAUGGUUUAUAAUUAACCCUGGUUUAGGUGGUCAUCAAUGGAUUCGAAAGUAUGAAAUAAAGUCCAAAGA